AUGCACCCUCCCAAGGCGGCUAUUCGGUGCAUGGCUGUCCUCUCGGACGAGGAAAGCCCCUUUCCGCUUUUUAUCGGAAGGGAUGAUGGCGUGGUAGAAAAGUACAUCUCUAUUCGUGAUGCGGAUUUAGGCAUCCCCUCGCUCACCCUGCUCGGCCACCGCAAGGCGGUUACCGGGAUUAUCGCCAUCUCCGCAGACGAGGUGUUGAGCUGCUCACUAGACGGCACCCUGCGAGAGUGGAAUGCGGACCUCGGGAUGGAUAAAAACGCAACUCGAUUGUUACGAAAUGUGGACCCCAAAGUUCCCCUGCACUGUAUAACUCGUCAGGGGGAACGGAUUUACCUCGGGGGCGGCGAUGGAUCGCUCCACAUCGUCGAUGGCGAGCGCCGCUCCAUGUCGGAGGGGCACUGCGAUGUGCUUUCCUGCAUUGCCUUUGCCGAGGACGGCAACUUGUUCGUAACGGGCGGGCACGAUCACCAAAUUCUCAUCUGGGAUGUCGCUUCCGCGAAGCCGAUUCGUCGUCUGCUUGGGCAUUCCAAUCGCGUGAUUGGCGUCUGUGUGGUACCGCACCCCGAUCUCGAGGGCGAGGGCGACGAGGACGAGGGCAGGGUUGCCGGGCGAGGGGAUCGCGCCGGACCUCGACUGGACGGUGCCAUCGUCUCCUUCUCGAAGGAUCGCACGAUGAAGGUGUGGCUCUUGCCCAACCCCAGCGAGAACUUCAGCGAGGAGGCCGAGGAAACCAGGGAAAAACAGUUAUCCUCCGUUCACAACGAUUCAUCUAUGCUGAGCAACGACGCCAAUGAUAGUGCGAGCAAGGCCCUGACAGAAACUAGUUUCAAAGAGGGAGCCCAUGGUGAGGUGGACGGUGCCGGUGCAUUGCCUCGUCAGGAGCACUCCAAAGGUUCUCUAGGCUCGGAUAAUUUGAUUUCGGACACCAAAGACAACAGUAAACGUGUUUCUUUCAUGAGCCCCGACGACGGAUCGGCCGGGGAUGCCUUGUUUCCUAAGGUGCAUCCCGCUGAGGGGGCGGACGGGGACCCCCAUUCGUUCCCCUCCGAGGAUGUGGUGAAGAUGAUCCGCACCUCGUUAACCCCUAAGUCCGCUCUGAAACCGCGGGAGAUGGCGCUGAUGAUGCUCCCUUUGGUGGAGGCCGUCGGGACGAUUGAGCUGCCUGAAAUCCCCUUUACGCUGUUUCGACCGUCCAUCCUCUUCGGUGAGGAGGAUGGGCAAAGCCAACCGUGGUCAUUGAUGGCGCUUGUGGGGGCGGCGAAUGGUUACGUGUGGGGGAUGAAUCUUGCGCGACUCACCCGGAACGUUCUUCUUUUUGUGCGCGAUAACAAUCGCAAAGUGGCGGCCGCGACUUCCGCCGCCAAACGGACCCUACGGGAGAAUAUCGUGCUGCUCAAGAAAGGCUGCCGGAAGCGGGUGUUCGCCAAGACUAAUUCGAUGAUCGAGGUCGCGAGAAAGCGAAAGUCGGAGGAGGUGGCGGCCGCCAGGGCUGCCAAGAUAGCGCAACGAAAGAAGGAUUUUGCGCACGAGAACGCCGAGGAGGAUGAGGAGGGAUCGAUCGUGACCAACGAGGAGGUCGACCUUGAUAUGGGGUAUGAGGAGGAUGAGGAGGACGAGGAGGAGGUGGAGAACAUCAAUGACUCCGACGGUCGUCUGCGGUAUCUCACGGCGGAGGAGAAGACCGAGUUGGAGGGGUUUAUCAAAGACCAGGAGACGGAGCGGGAUGCGCAUAUCCAAUCGCUCCAGUCCGCCGUCUCGAGCCACUUGGAUAAGUUGAGCCCGAUCGCGCGGACGCCGUACGUCCGUGGCAGGGAUCGCUUUUACCGGCUAAGGCAUAUCGCCGCGGCGAGGGUGGGGUGUGAAACGGUGCUCGCCGUGGUGAGGGGUUUCGAGAACGUUUACGCCGUGCAGGGCGAACGAGUGGUCAUUACGCAGGUAACCCCCGGCCUCACCAAUCUGUAG